AUGGCAUCUGCGCCCCUUCCCGCUAGGGUACCCCAGAUGUUUGAUGACGACACCGAGAAAAAAGAUGCCAUCGAAGAAAAACUGCAGAUAGAAACGACGACUACACCGGCAUCGGCUGAUGAUUUUCCGGAUGGCGGGCUUCGGGCAUGGUCUGUCGUUUUAGGAGCCAGUCUAAGCGCGUUUUCAACUUUUGGAUAUGUCAAUGCUUGGGGGGUUUUCCAAUCAUAUUAUGAGCAAGAAAUUCUACCAACUACGUCACCGUCUACCAUUGCAUGGAUCGGUUCAAUACAGUAUUCGUUAAUCUUCCUUCCUGGUCUAUUUUUCGGGCGACUAUUCGAUCUUGGAUACUUCAAAAUACCAUUCUUCAUCUCCAGCACCAUUCUCGUACUAGCGACGUUCCUUGUUGCGCAAUGCACGGAAUACUGGCAUUUUCUUCUCUGUCAAGGAUUUGCAAUCGGACUUGCUUCGGGAGCCAUAUUUGGGCCUAAUAUUGGUAUCGUUGGGCACUGGUUUCUGAAGAGGAGAGGGCUGGCGUUUGGCUUCACUGCGGCGGGGUCCUCCAUCGGCGGCACAGUCUUCCCCAUAGCCGCUAGGAAACUCAUUCCACAAGUUGGCUUCCCGUGGACCAUGCGGAUUAUUGGGUUUGUCCUUAUUCUUACCAUUGGCAUCCCGAAUGUUGUUCUUCAGCGACGCCUUCCGCCGAAGAAAGUAUCGGGCGGUCUGUUCAAUCUUAGAGCCUUCAAGUCGAUUCCAUAUACGCUGUACACUUUAUCAUGCAUUGUUGCCUUCCUGGGAUUAUAUACCGUGUUGACCUACAUCGAUAUCAGCGCAACAUCAUUUGGAAUCUCCGCGGAUACUUCGUUCUAUCUUGUGUCCAUUGCCAACGCGGGCUCACUGUUUGGCCGACUGUUCGCGGGUGUCACCAGUGACAACAUUGGAGCCGUCAAUAUUAUCGCCCCGAUGACAUUGGUCGCGGCGGUGUUAACUUAUGCAUGGCCAUACGCCAAGGAUCUACCUUCGCUCAUUGUAGUAGCGAUCAUUUAUGGCUUCGCUUCGGGCACGUUCGUGUCCAUCUUUGCGAUGCCGAUCUACAGUUUCGGUGCAAUAGAAGACGUAGGCCGGAGAGUUGGGAUGUGUAUGACGCUGGUCGCGCUUGGUGCCUUAGCCGGGCCGCCUAUCUCAGGCGCAAUCAACCGUGCCACUGGGGGCUAUACAGCCGUGGGUUACUACGCUGGCUCCAUGAUCCUUGUAGCUGUGGUCCUAAUGCUCAUAUCCCGACAUCUUGUCUUGAAGCGGGUAUGGGGAAAGUUUUAG